AUGCUCUACUUGCAAACCAAAAUACCCCCAAAAGAGGUGCUAUGGAAACGCGCCAUCAUCCUGCUCUGUGUCCUCAUACAGCUAAUGGUCGCGGCAUUCAGUUCUACCAUGGCGUACUGGACCACCCGACUGCGGCGAUCGAUGAGAUUUGAUCUUGCUGCUUCAGACUCUCCAACCCAACUCAUCGCAUCAAUACAAAUGGCGAAUCACGUGCUCGCUGCAAUGAUCAUGGCUGCGAUCGUCUCUGCGGUUUUUUCCAUUUGGGGGAUCUACGUCGCAAUUUGUCGGACGAGUUUACCGAAGAGCGAUGGUCACUGUCUUCCGUGGGGAACGGGGCAAUGCAUCUACGGUCUCAUUGCCAUAGUUACGGGCGGCUACGUAGCUGACCACGUGGAAGGCUUUCAAUCCUUGAUUGCGACAUUCAUAGACGUUAAGGAUCUGCCAUACUACGAGAUCGUCUAUUACGGGAGUGUUGCCCAGGCUGCCUAUGGAGCCCUGGUCAUUAUCGUGCUCGGUGCUCUUGUCGGGACUCUCUUGUUCUUGACAAAUCGCGCACACCCAUCGAACCUGCAAGUUGAUGUAGGUCUUGAAGGUGAUGAUUGA